CAGGAGCCGCGGCCCGCCCAGGUGGGCGCGUGUGCCGCUCCCUGAUCUCUGCCGAGGCACUGUGUUCCAGCGGGAGCUCGUUGCAGGCGGUGAGGGCCCGCCUCCCAGCCGGGCAGGAGGCGUGGGCAUGGAGCUGGCCGCCGUCGCCAUGCCCCGGGCCCGCGCCGCUGCCUAGGGCGACCCGAGGGACGCUGCCUAGGGCGCGGCUCCGGGGACCCGUGCGGCCUAUCACGGCCCGGCGCUGCGCGGAUGGCCCUGCUCCUGCGGCCCGUGCUCGCCGUCCUUCUUCUCCUCCUGACCGCCGCUUUCAGGUGCCAGGAGCAGGCCCAGACCACCGACUGGAGAGCCUCCCUGAAGACCAUCCGGAACGGCGUUCACAAGAUAGACACGUACCUGAACGCCGCCUUGGACCUCCUGGGAGGCGAGGACGGGCUCUGCCAGUAUAAGUGCAAUGACGGAUCUAAGCCUUUUCCACGUUACGGAUACAAAGCCUCCCCGCCGAAUGGAUGUGGCUCCCCACUGUUUGGUGUUCAUCUUAACAUUGGCAUCCCUUCCUUGACAAAGUGCUGCAACCAACACGACAGGUGCUAUGAGACCUGCGGCAAAAGCAAAAACGACUGUGAUGAGGAGUUUCAAUAUUGCCUCUCCAAGAUUUGCCGAGAUGUGCAGAAAACACUAGGGCUAGCUCAGCAUGUGCAGGCAUGUGAAUCCACCGUGGAGCUCUUGUUUGACAGUGUUAUACAUUUAGGCUGUAAGCCGUACCUGGACAGCCAACGAGCCGCAUGUACGUGUCGCUACGAAGAAAAAACUGAUCUUUAAAGAAGAUGCUGACAGGUGGUGACAGCAGAUGAGGACAGAAGAGCAUAACCUUUGACGAAGAGCUAAUGUUUUCACAGCAUAAAGCUGCCUUAUUUUUGUGAAAGGAUUAUUUUAAGACCUUAUUUUGACAUUAAAACUUCAAACUAACGAAACAAAUGCAGGUUAUCUUCCUGGAUGUUGCUGCCUUAGUGUGCCAUAUUGUCUUGACAAUCACAGGAAGAGGUGCAUGUUAAGGGAGAAUUUUUUAAAUGAAAGAGUCUAGCUCAGUUUUCACAACUAUAUUUAUCAAAAAAUAAGGUCAAAUGUAAAAUUCAUUAUAAGGUAUGUUCAGCAGUAUCUUAUUUGGAAAUAUGGGGAAAUCUUCACUUAAAAGUAUGUUUGUCAGGGCUUCCCUGGUGGCACAGUGGUUGAGAGUCUGCCUGCCGAUGCAGGGGACACGGGUUCGUGCCCCGGUCCGGGAGGAUCCCACAUGCCGCGGAGCGGCUGGGCCCGUGAGCCAUGGCCGCUGAGCCUGUGCAUCCAGAGCCUGUGCUCCGCAAUGGGAGAGGCCACAACAGUGAGAAAAAAAAAAAAAGUAUGUUUGUUUACUGUAAAAAUUAAAAUAUACAUUUAUGCCGAGAAAGAUCUGACUUUAUUUUUGCUCUUUUAAUUAACACAUACAGUUUUUUCCAUUGCCCAUUGAGCAUAUGAAUAAGCCACACUUCUGUGAAUGACAGGACUAGUUACAAGGACAUGUCUGUUUCUCUCGUAAAAUUGGAACCAUCUCCUGGACCUCUUAGGAAACAAAACUAGGAUAUCUAGGUAUUAAUAUGUGCCUAGAAGGUGACUUGAACAAAAUUCAGAAGCAUAGCCAUCCCAUUUUAUGAACCACUCAUGACAAAUUUCAUUUCAUUUUGCUAUAAACUUUGCCUAAAUUGGAGAAAAGAUGGAUUUAAUGAGACAAAUGAAAAAUUGUUUAAUAUACACAUCAGAGCAUUAUAUGCGUUACAUGCUUUGGUGUUUACUCCCUAGGACUUAACUCUUAGUAGAUUCUGGGAUAUUUUUAAAAGACUGUAAACCUUUUACUAAUAUUGGCCUUCAUAAAAAUUGUUCUUGAUAUUGUUGGGUUUUUUAAGUCUUUAACUGUGGAGUCAAAAGGGAUGGAAAAGCAGGAUCCAGAGAACUAUCUUUUAUAGAAAAUUAUUAACAGAUGUUUAAGAGCAAAGCCCAGAACUUCAACUGCCUCUGAAAAUGUCUGUGAGGAUUGAACGCUUUUCAACCCCUUGGAAAGCUCAGCUGUGUUCCUCUACCAUUCUUUGCUUACCACUGGCUGUCGACUUUCCCUAGCCCAAGAUCCCAAGCCAUGUAUAAAUUUGGGGUAACCUCUGGCCAAAGUUAUUAAGAUGAACUGCUUGGAAAGUCAGAGAAAGACAGCACCAGCAGAAGUGGUUCUUUCUAAAUCAAUACAGGCAGAAUUGGGGUGAAUGAGAAAUAUGUUCUGGAAAAAGGGCCACAUUCCUAACUUUGAAUAUAUGUUAAUCCUGAGAACCUGAUGGCUUUCCAAACUGAGAUGGUGGCAGCUAUUCUGCUAAUAGAUGUGUCCUCUGUUAGACAAGGCAAGUGUAUCCCUCAGGGCUAAGUAAGCAAACUGGGCUCCAGGUAACUUUAAACUUGUAAUAAAUUCAUGGAUUUUCUUGGCAGCAUUGGCUUUCUCAAGAGGACAAAAUCAGAAUGUCUCUGUAAAAUAUUUAAUUCAUGGUCAUAAAUUAUGUACAGAAAUCAGUAGAAGCAGUUUUUAUGUUCAAAUUUAAAAAUCUUAUCUAGGAAUAAUUUUAGAUUUACAGAAGAGUUGCAGGGAUAGUAUAGAGGCUUCUUGUUAUACUCCUUACCCCUAAUGUUAACAUUUUACGUAAACACGAAACAUUUGUUAAGAAACCAACAUUGGUAAUUACUAUUAACAAAACUCUAGACUUUAUUAGGAUUACACUAGUUUUUCCACUAAUGUCGUUUUUCUUUUCUAGGAUCCACUUUAGGAUACACCAUGUCUAAUUAGCCUCUAGUCUGUGACGGUCCCCUGUCUUUUCUUGUUUUUCAUAACCUUGACAGUUUUGAGGAGUACUGGUCAGGUGUCUUGUAGAAUGUCCCUCAGUUUGGGUUAGUCUUAACGUUUUCCUCAUGUUUGGAUUAGGGUUAUGGAUUUUUAGGAAGAAAACCAAGAGGUGAGUGGUUCUUCUUAUCAAAUCAUAUCGGUAGUUGACUGCUAUCAACUUGAUGUUGUGUAAACUCUAGACAUUUGGUUAAGGUAGUGUCUGUUAGUUUCCUCCACUGUAAAGCUACUGUUUUUCCCAUUCCAUGCUUUUGUUCUUUGGAAACCAGUCACCAAGUCCAGUCUGGGGGAGGCGAGGGGUGGGCAAGAUUAUAUUCCGCCUCCUGGGAGGGGGGUGUAUCUAUUGUAGUACUUGAAAUUCUUGUCACCAUCCGCCCCUCCCCACACCUGUUUAUUAUUCAGUUAUUUGUGUCAGUAUGGAUUCGUGCCUACUUCUUUUGUACUGUGGGUAGUAUUUACAAAUUGUUCCAGCUUGGCCUUUGGGAGUUACGUCAGGUUGACUCUGUGUGUCUUUGACCUGCACCAUCCUUUUGACUUCUGAGCAUCUCCAUCCUUUCUGGUAAGAAAGUAGGAAAGUUGCUUCAGGCUCAUCUUAUAUAUUCGCAGCCCCAGCCCUAGAAUCAGCCUCUUUUCAAAGGUUCCUUUUAUUGAAGAAUGGUAUACAGUGGAACUUAGAAACCAAGAUCUGGACACUGGAUAGCUUGUUUCUACUGGGAUAUCACUGCUUCUGGACCCUCCCAGCAAACAGAGCUAGAAAAUAUGUGUAUAUUAACCCAUGUACAUGUACAUAUCUGUAAUUAUGUGUAUAUAUAUUAAGCUGAAGAUAAGUUUGUACUGUCUUCACUUGAAUUCUGUACGACAGGGCAUAUAUUUAAGCUUUAAGGAUGGUAUUUUCCUUAUCCACAGAAUAAAUUAAAAAACAAAAUCACCCCCAAAAAACUAGCUUUUAGCAGCUGUUUGCAAGACAUAUAUUGAUAUUUUAAAAUAAUAAAACUAUAUUGCCU